AUGAAGAAUAAUAAUUAUAAACCAUCAAUUCUCACCAUUAUCUUUAUUCUUAUAAUAUUCACCACAUAUUCAGUUAUAACGUAUCCGAUACCAGCGGAAAACGUCAAUGGAUCAAUAUCACCAAGUGUCGAAUACCCUGAUCCUUCAUUACCCGUCUUAACGAAAUUUGAAUUCGAAUCGCUCCCAGAACCUGGAGAAUUUUGGGAAAUGAUUCGUACGGAUGAUAAUACCGACCAAAAUGUAAAUAAAGAAAAUUUUGGGACCAAGGCUUAUUUCACUCCUGUUUGGUUUAAAGAUGCUUUUUAUAAAUUCGGUCCUCACAUAACUUAUUAUAAGAGGGAUGAAAUUGCUCAAACGUAUAAAGAUAAAGAUUG